AUCGUGCAGGUAGUUUGGUUUGUACGACGCGAAAUAAAUUCCGAAUAUCAGAAGACACGUUUCGGUAUUGCCCCGCCGGCGACGCGGGUACGUAAUAACGAAUGAAAAAAUAUAAAAAAGUUGAAAAAAAUUCGGAAAUGUGAGCGGCGCUUUUCAGAUUCCUAAUUCGAUCUUGCGUCUAGCCAUUAUACCUGACCACAGGAUACACUUGAUUGCUGGGUAUUAAAUAUAUAAAAUCACUUAUACUCAUACAACGCAGCUGUGCUUUCCUAGAGUAUUUCUGUAUUAUGAAAGGUUAUUUAGUGAUGAAAUUUAUGGAUAAUCACUGGCCAAUUGACCUUCUCUGCAGCUUUCCAGUCCUUUCCUGUUCACAUAAUAUAGCUACCCAAUUUCGAAACACAGUGACUGACAAAUUUUUCGAAAUUUUUUGUUCCAAUGGAGUCUUGCGAACAUGGUCAACCAACAAUGUGAAGAAUUGACGGGCAGAUCAGUGGCGCGUUGAUAAAAAGUGGUCCAGUAGAUUGAUGGGUACGGUCAUCGAAGUGUUUUGCAUUUUGUCCAUCAGUUUGAGGGUUGUAUAGGGUUGAGAUGUUUGUCUGUCGUGUGUUUCCGGUAAACUCCGGGCGCUGCUGCUGCUGCUGCUGCAUGCGGUUUCAACCCUUAUGUGCGUGCGAUGGGGGUUGGCGUUUCUAUGGUGGGGGUAACAACCGACCGAUCGGAGGCUGCGAGGAGUCAAAAGAGCCAGUGGAGGUCGAAACAGGGAAUCCUGCUCCAGUCGCGCGCCAGCCACCGAGCAGAGAACGUUCCAGUUGGCUCGUUCUUGGUUGAGAAUCGAGCGUACGUUUGUAAUUUACAAUUUUUAACAGUUCAGUUAAAAUGACGAGUACUCAACGGAGUUAUUCAUCACCACGAUAAAUCACACGCCGAUGUUUAUUUUGAAUCGAGAAAACGAGAGAUAUACGUAUGAAGAUCUCUAGUAGAUCCGCGUUUGAAAUUUAUCUCAAGUGGAUUUCCUAACUCGGGUUCAAGUCGCGAAAGGAGUUAUAUAUUUCACGAAAAUUCGAUUUCAAGUUUUUUCUACGCAAGUUGGCAGCCGAUAGUCGAUAGCUUAUACCUGCUGGUGAAUUGAUCAAUUCGGAAGUGUCUACUCUAAAAGAGAAUGGAUUACCUUACCACUGUUCGGAAAUGUCGAAAAACUCGGAACCCCGUUGAAAACGAAAAGUGCAAGUGUAAGCGAUCCGCAAUCGGAAAUUGAAUCUAUCGAUCGUUCGCAUUUAUAGUACAUGAUGAGAUGAAUUCGUUUUUUGCACACUAAAUUUCUAGUGACUAUGCAUUUGAACAGGUGCUAAUUAUAGGCGUACUGCCAAUAAAUUUAGUGGAGUGUGACGAUGAAUGUGUUACCGAUAAUAACUCUUAGUGCAGCAAAGAGUUAUACCUUCGGUGUGAAACAGUUUUAAAUUCAUAGCGAAGUGUCGGAACGUGCCGGGAAUAAGGUCCAGGCGUAAAAAUUAUCCGCAAAGGGGCGCAGGAACUCCAGAAGAACGACGUCGUCGCGGCGUCCUUACCGAUGAAAAAAGAAGAGUGGUAAAAGAAUAGAUGGAAGUUGGACGAAAAAAUAUCUUCGUAACGUACACGCCGUCGUUAUGUUUUCACGACAGCUAAGAGAUCAUCUCCGUGCAUCAUCAGCGGGUGGCGACAAGUGCGCGUCGACAAGUUGACUAAUUAGAGAACCUUGUGAUGACAACGAUACCAGAAAGUCCCCACACAACUUCUUAACAUGCGAGCAUCCGCUAGUGAAUCGAAAUUCAUUGUCAUGUUCGUUUUGUCGUUGGCACGUUUGUUAAUUCCGGCGUGCCACGUGCUAGCUGUUACCAGCGCACCUCCGCCUCGGUAUGACGUACCCGAUCAUUGCCAGUGGGACACUCGUCAAGUUGGUUCAUUGACUUGUAACUAUCGCGUGUUUGUCAAUGACCCGAGGAUAUCGAACUUUUCAAUGAUUCCGGCUGAGCACACGACGGGAUUGAAAAUAAGUUGCGACAGGGAAGAAAAGACGCAUGGCGAAAUUGACGAGGAAAGUUUUACAAACUUGUAUCGGUUACGUACGUUGCAGUUGGACGGAUGCAAGUUUGCUCUUUGGCCUGCCAAAGCUCUGAGCGGACUUCGAGACCUGCGAAAUUUCACGGUGAGGACAUUCAACAUCGAAGGCUCAAGGAUUGGUUUGGAAAUAGCACCGAAUGCGUUCCAGGCAACAUCGCAGAUAGAAAAGAUUGACCUAUCCUCGAACGGCAUAUGGUUGUUUCCCGAACACAUUUUUUGCCCAUUGUCCAGCCUCGUCGCUUUGAAUAUUUCUUGGAAUUUGCUGAAGGAUGUCACCGAAUUGGGAUUCAGCGAUGGCAUCGAUCCACAUUCCACCCACAUCCAAGACUCAUCGCUCGCACCAUUUCCCUGCUCCCUGGACAUUCAGACUUUAGAUAUUUCCCGCAAUCAGUUUUCCGUCCUACCGGCGUUUGGAUUUUCCUCGCUUAAACGAUUGAAGACCCUUAUACUAUCGGGAAAUGCGAUUUCCAUAGCUGCCGACAAAGCGCUUCACGGUCUGAGGUCUCUGGAGAUCUUCGAUCUAUCAAAUAACAAAAUCGUCGCUCUACCAGCCGAAUUGUUCCGAGAAGCAACCAAAUCCAUAAAAGAGUUGCACCUGCAGAACAAUUCUAUUAGUGUCCUGUCGCCUGGACUCUUAUCUGAUCUACAGCAACUUGUCUCGCUAGACUUGUCCAAGAACCAGUUGACAAGCUCUUGGCUUACUUCGGGGACAUUUUCAGGGCUGAUUCGGCUCGUUCUUCUUGAUCUUUCGCACAACAGGAUCGAAAAACUUGAUCCAGCACUUUUCAAGGACCUCUACACGCUCCAGAUUCUUAACCUGCAGUACAACGAACUCGAAACCAUCCCAGCCGACACGUUUUCCCCGAUGAGCAACUUGCACACUUUGGUCAUAGCGCACAACCACCUCACCUAUUUGGAUGCUUAUUCGUUAAACGGACUAUUCGCCCUGUCCCUUUUAGCGCUUGAUUCAAACCUACUGGAAGGGAUUCACCCGGACGCGUUUAGAAAUUGUUCCAGUAUGCAGGAUCUCAAUUUGGCGGGUAACAAUUUAGAGAGCGUUCCUGUCGCACUCAAGGAUAUGCGGAUGUUGAGAACCCUCGAUCUUGGCGAGAAUCAGAUUCGGAGUAUCGAAGAGCCGGGAUUCAGAGGUAUGACCAGCCUGUACGGUUUGAGAUUGAUAGGCAAUGAAAUAGUGAACGUAACGAAGGCGGCACUCGCAGAGGUACCUGGAUUGCAAAUCUUAAAUCUCGCAAGGAACAGAAUUGAGAACGUUGAAAGCGGUGCGUUCUCUGGGAGCCUCGCGUUACAGGCGAUCCGUCUCGAUGCUAAUCUCUUGCAAGACAUGUCCGGCAUAUUUGUAAGUGCUCCGGGUCUGCUAUGGUUGAAUGUGUCCGACAACGUAAUCGAGCACUUCGAUUACAACUUCCUACCUCAGGGUUUGCAAUGGCUCGAUAUGCACAAAAAUGCAAUCAUGGACCUGGGAGUGGUCUCCACCGGAUUACGGCUUCAAACUUUGGACGUUUCGUUUAACAGGUUGACGCGAAUACAUUCCAAGUCGAUUCCAGACUCGGUUGAGCUUCUAUUCGUUAACGACAAUCUGAUUCAUACGGUGGAACCGCAAACGUUUCUCGGCAAGGAUAAUUUGACGAGGGUCGAUCUCUACGCUAAUCAAAUAAUCGGUAUGGAACUGUCCGCACUCCAGCUAUCGCAGAUACCCGAGCUCAGACCCUUGCCGGAAUUUUAUAUAGGUGGUAAUCCAUUCAUAUGCGACUGCACGAUGGAGUGGCUUCAACGAAUAAAUUCCCUCGCCUUACGCCAGCAUCCAAAAGUAAUGGACCUCGCCUCGGUGUAUUGCAGACUUCCCUACGAUAGGCACAAGUCAUUCGCUCCUCUUCUCGAGGCUAAACCAUCGCAAUUUCUCUGCACUUACAAGGCUCACUGCUUCGCUCUCUGCCACUGCUGCGACUUUGAUGCUUGCGAUUGCGAAAUGACCUGCCCGACUAACUGCACCUGCUAUCACGAUCAGUCGUGGUCAGCGAACGUGGUGGAUUGCUCAACCUCGGCAUACAAGAACUUGCCCGGUCGACUCCCUAUGGAUGCGACUGAGGUAUACCUGGACGGAAAUAACUUCGGGGAAUUGAAUUCGCACGCUUUUAUUGGCAGAAAGAAUCUGGAAGUUUUAUACGCAAACGACAGCAAUAUCGUUGCCAUUCACAACAACACUUUCAGCGGUCUGAGGCGUCUUACGAUACUUCAUUUGGAGAAUAACAAAAUAACGAUACUCAAUGGGCUGGAAUUCAUAGCGCUCGAAAGUUUGAAGGAGCUAUACUUGCAUAAUAAUCUCCUAACAUACAUCGACAAUGGAACGUUUCUGUCCCUACGUCAUUUGGAGGCCAUCAGACUGGACAACAAUCGAUUGACGACAUUUGCAGUUUGGCAGUUAGUGCAGAAUCCAUAUCUAGUGGACAUUAGCCUGUCCAAUAACCCCUGGAGUUGCGAGUGCAGUUACCUCGAUAACGUUCGCGAAUGGAUAUCUCAGAACAAAGAAAAGAUAGCGGACUGGAAGCGGGUAUCUUGCGCUCUGGGAUCCCCCAUCGUCGGUCCCGGAAAUGAAUCCGCCAUAAACUGUGCAGCGCUAACAGGGGCGACCCCCGCGGUGGAAACGCGUCCCCUGGAGGGUUACCUCCCCCUGCUUCUAGCCACGGCGGUUCUAUUUUUCGCCAUGGUCGCUCUUCUUUGCGGAGCCUUCAGACACAGACGUACGCUUCGCGCCUGGGCAGCUAGCAGAUGUGGUCUACGAGCCUGCUACAAGACCGCAGCCUUUGAGGACAGAGAGAAACCGUUCGAUGCCUACAUUUCUUACUCGGCUGUAGACGAGGCCUUCGUAUCACGUGUCCUGGUACCGGGCCUCGAAACUUCGUACAGGCUUUGUCUUCACUACAGAGACCUUGGUGCCGGUGCGAAUGUCGCUGAUGCUGUCGCUGAGGCAGCAGAUUCCUCGAGGCGAACAAUCCUCGUCUUGUCGCGAAAUUUUCUACACGGAGAAUGGGCGAGAUUCGAGUUUAAAACGGCGCUCAGAGACGCUUUGAGAGGUAAGGGACGAUCGGUAAUUUUGCUUCUGGUCGGUGGCGUCAGCCCAAAGGAUCUGGAUUCCGAUCUAAAGAGAAGGAUCUCGUCCCACACCGUCCUCCUUUGGGGGGACAAAUUAUUCUGGCAGAAGUUGCGGUUUGCGAUGCCGGAUGCUCCGCCAAUCCCCGUUCUGGAAAGGCCCCUUCCGUUACCACCGCCGCCUCCGCCACCUCAGCAUCACUGGGCAUAGACGGAAGCAAUUCGUUAGAUACGCGGCUAAUUUUUAUCAGCGUCAUGUACCAGGGAGACAGUGUUACCUGGAACCACCAAAGAAAGAAUUCAAGCGUGGAGGCUCUUCUCUUCAGCGUUAAAGCAAAAAAUUUCUUAAAUGUCUUCGUAUAUUAUAAAUAUAUUUACACAGAUUACGUAGCUAAAAUUAUUUCUAUUCAAUUAGCUUUGUAGUGUUUUACAAAAUAGACGGGACAAAAUAUUCAAUAUCGCGCAACGACAUUUUUUCUAAUUAAACACAACAAAAUCAUAAUAAUAAUUAUAUUAAUAAUAACAAUAAUUAUAAACGUUUCACUAUUCCCUUCGUUCAUCCUACUGCGAUUGGUAGACAUAUAAGCCGAUAUUUAUGUAAAUACAAGUUUUGUAUAUUUGUAAAAUAAUUAGAAUAUUGUAUGAUAAUAAAAUUAUUUAUAUACAUAUAUAUGUAUAUGUAUAUGUAUGUAUAUAUAUACACAUAAAUAUAGCAAAGUGAAUAUUGCUCUACUUAUUCAAACGGCGAGUAAAACCGUGUAGGAUCGGAAAAAACCUUAAGCCACACGAUAAAUGUAAAAACCACCACAUACCUAUAUUUAUUUGCCAUAUUCUUCAAACCGAUUUCAACGGACGAGAAACUGAACUCGCUUGAAUAAAUCACUAUCCGAAUUCUUUCGCUUUGAUCUUGAAGUUGAAGUUACAGAAUUCCCGAAGUUUCUCCAUUUUUUGAACACCCUCACUUUCGACGGCUAACUUGUAUAGUUGCAGGUAAAGUGUAUAAUAAUGUAAUUAGGAAAAGUGCAAAGAUAAAGUUAUGAAUAUAAUUUAACCAAUUUAUUCAUCUUCACGUUGUUUAAGCUGCUAAAGUUCACAACAAGUAUGACACAACGUUAUUCCACCGUGUUCAGAGGUAAG